UACUAAUGUCCAAAGCGUGGAUACUCGCGUGGUCUCUUCUUCCCCUCAGCACAGCGGCGAGAUGACCAACAAGGAGGUAGUGCCGUCCGUGCAGGUGUAUGGCAGGAAGAAAACUGCCACAGCCGUUGCCCACUGCAAGCGCGGGCACGGCCUCAUCAAGGUGAAUGGCCGCCCCCUGGAGUACAUUGAGCCCAGGACGCUGCAGUUCAAGCUGAUGGAGCCCGUCCUCCUCCUGGGCAAGGAGAGGUUCUCUAAUGUUUCCAUCCGUGUCCGUGUGAAGGGGGGCGGACACACUUCCCAGGUGUAUGCCAUUCGCCAGGCCAUCUCCAAGUCUCUGGUGGCAUACUAUCAGAAGUUUGUUGAUGAGGCUUCCAAGAAGGAGAUCAAGAACAUCCUCAUCAACUAUGACAGAUCCCUCUUGGUUGCUGAUCCCAGGCGGUGUGAGCCCAAGAAGUUCGGUGGUCCAGGAGCCCGUGCUCGCUACCAGAAAUCCUACCGAUAAGCUUCAUCUCGUGACCCUUACAAUAAAUUUAUGGGCGUGUUA